AUGGACACCGAUCCGCUGAGCGACACCGUGCCCCCACGGUACGCCGUAGAAUCAGACGAGGAGGACGAGUUUAACCCGUUAUCGUCGACGCGCGAUCAAGAACGCGAUCACGGUCGGGCCCCAGGGGAUGAUGCGACGGUCGACGUCAAAGUCGUACCCCCCGAUGUUGUGGGCCUAAAAGCAAAGCCAAUGAUAGUCGCGUCAGGCCAGCUCGCGAGCUUUUGGGCUGCUGGCGCCCAGCUGGGGGAACAGAUCGGGGCGGUAUUUGUGAACAAUGUACAGGUUGGGAUGUUGUUCACUCCGGGGUGGACACCGGCCGUCGUGUUGAUCUCGGAGACGACGACGGCCCUGCCAUCGCGCAUGAUGCACUCAUAUGCAAGCAAAGUCGUUGAGGUCCUCACACCCUCUUCGACCGCGCUGUUAGACAUUUACCCUCAUCACGCGUAUAUUACCGCUUCCCCUCUACCCUUUCAUCUGGCGCCUAUACGAUAUCUGUCUCUCCGUUCAUCGUUCGCGCCGAUGUCGGUUGAGCGGUUCGAGACACCCAACUUGAUAACCUCGACAUCUGCGGCCUUCAUGGCGAUCCUAGCUACUCAAGCACUGACGCCAGCCACCCUCCUCCUUCUCCCCUCCCCCCGCAUCCCACCUCCCCCUCCACGAACCCUAUCCCCCUCCGACAUCGGGAUGGUCUUCAACACCCCGGAAUGGUCCCAGGUGCAGAUGCAGCGUGCGACCGACUUGCUGGUACACGCGUCUGGGGAUCCGACGGCGGGUACUGUGGUGCUGGUGAGGUGGAAGGCCACUGCAGAGUCCAAGCACCCCGGCCGCUCAGCAAGAAGAGCGAAUGUCAUUGGAGAGGGGAGUAUGUACAUAUGA